AUGAAGAAUAGUUUCUGGAUAUUCUUCUGCAUUAUUUUACCUAUUUUACAGUCUGCAACACUUGCAAAUGAGGAAGACAGGCUCGUUGCUCGCUGGCAUUACAGAGUUCACAUCACCAAUAGCUUCCCAAACAAUGACCAGCCUCUGUACGUCCAUUGUUGGUCUAGGGACGACGAUCUCGGAGAGCACAAUCUUUGGGUGAACAAUGAGUUUACGUUCAGAUUUGGCAAAAACAUCUUCUUUCCUACCCGUUUUGAUUGUGAUUUUAGACAUGGAUCACUGAGUACUCGGUUCCCUAUUUUUCAUAUAGACCGUGAUGGAAGUAAGUGUCGUCGUACUGGUCAAUGUUACUGGUCGGUAAGAGAGGACGGUUUCUACUUCUGUAAUGACAACAUAUGGUGGUACAAACGAUAUGAUUGGAACGGUACAGAGAUUUCAAACUAA